GCGCACACACACCUGUACUCUCACGUAGCUGUUGGCCAAAGGCCGCCAGAGGAGUAAACAGGAAGAGGAGCCGCGGCUCCACAUGUGGCGGAGGACAGCGGGACGCUGAGCUUCACUCCAGCCGCUCAGGAGGCGCCGCGAGCCGGGGAAGCAGCAUGCGGACGGGCGGUGCGUUCAGGGCCCUGCUGGUCCUGCUGGUCAUCUCGGUGUCUGCUGCUGGGGUUCCCCCUCCAGAAAACGUUCUCGUGAGCUGCCGUAACGCCGCAGUCACCGUCAGCUGGGACUACAGCAAACAGCAGCCGGAAACCCGCUUUGGGGUAUCCAUCCACGGAAGGGAUGGGAUAUUCGAUCAGACUGAAACCACCGACCGUCGCAUCGACCUGAGCUACUUUGUGUGGGGAUCACAGCAACACUGCCUGGAUUUCCUUUAUGUCCAAGUAAAAGCCUUACAAGGAAGCACCUGGUCUGAAAAUAAGACGUCAAAUAGUUUCUCAUUUAACAAUUUCAUGACGGUUCAUACAAAAUGCUCUUUAGAGUUCCCUCCUGUAGAUGUAGACGUCGAUGUGGAUGCCGGGAAGGCCACAGUGACCUUCGACAACCCCGUCCAUCACUACAAAGAAGUGAAGCAGGUCAAUCGGGCGCUCCCUCAGUUCAGCUUCACCAUCUCGCCUGUAGAAAACGGGACGAAACGUGGUGGAGACGUUGGUGCUCUUUGCAUGGCCUCAGAUCCGAUCUGCAGGGCCGACGUGCCAUUACCUGAGGACGUGAAGCCGUGCUUCGUGCUGAAGGGCGCUCUGUUUGACGGUCUGGGCAUCAAUUCGGUGACGGUCAGACCUACGGAGGAGAUCUGUGCCACGGAAUCAGUCGAAAGCCAGGAGGUGAUACUGGCUGUGAUUCUGACGACUGUCGCGUUGUUCUUCAUAAUUAUGGGAGUCCUCCUCAUCUGUAAGGUGAAGGCCUGGACCUUGAAAGACAAACCGGGAGAGAAACCCUGUUCUCUGGAGGUGAAACACCAGGAUCAGUUGUUGAAGUAUCACCCCGUGAGAGACGAAGACUGCAGCACAGUGCGUAUUUUUCAGGACUCCACACGUUCGUCCAUCACCUCGAAGGACAGCGGCCACUCCCGGAAGGACAGCGGUCUCCCCGAGACCUACGAGGACCGAGGCGCCGAUUUGGACGCCAGUCACGCCGAGAGACCGUUUUACUUGGACAGAGCUCUUUCAGAGAGCAGCAGCCAGAACGACAGCGGCUCUGCAGGCUCCUCCGAGGAGACGGACUCUGUCCUCCUCGUGUCUGACAAAGAGUCUGAAGAAGAGGACACCCCAGUGGUGUCGAAUUACGACCGCCCGCACGUUCACAAGAUGGACAUGGGAGACGGAGACAUAGUCGAGGGCUACGGCGGAAACUAAUCCAGCCCCCCCAGGACUUCUUUAUUUCACCUUAUGUGUCGUGGUUUUGACUCAGGGAGGCUUAGGGGUGCAGGUUUGGACCGCGGGUCUCACUGGGAUGACGGCGAUUCAAAAGGAAUCAGACAGCAGUUGGACUGAAGGUGACCAGCUUCGGAGACAAAUCUUUUUUUAUUUUAAACAUCUGUAUAUUCUUCAUCAUCUGGUGGCACACAGUGGAUCCUGAGUUCUGUUCCAGAUUUGUCUUUUUAAGGUUGGCAUUUUUAACCCUUAGUGUGAGAUUCUUUGAUGGCAGAUGUUCCAUCUGGGUGUUGCUGCACAGAUUAGGCCAGAUAUGUUUCAGGAGAUGUGCGGUCUGACUAUUUCCAUCGUGAGGAAACUCACCCGGGCUCCCAGCCAGUCUUCAUCUUGUGUGCCUGCUCAGCUGAUUGUACUUUAAUCUGUUUCGGGACAUUUUAUCAGAAUACUGGUGCGGAUUUGUGCUUAAUGUUUACUUCAAACAAGCAAAGUGGGAUUUAAAUGUUUAACGCUAUAGCCUCAAGAAGAACCAGCAAAAAGCACAGAGGAGGGAAAACACUUGCAUCAAGUGACUUCUAAUGAAGUUCUACAGUCAGGAUUAUGUCAACCAAUGCAAGAUCUUUACAAAAUGUAACCUUUACUGUAAUAUUUUUUAAUCAUUUUAAUUAAAUUAACAUCCAAGACAA